AUGACGACCUUGCCAGCACUGGAUAUAUCAGCGGCGCUUCAGGCGGCCGUAGCAGCGGCAGCAGAGUUGGCCAGAGUGGGGCUUUCCGAUGACUUAGCUGCGGCCUUUGCCUCUCCAGCAGCAGCCCCAGCGACGGUAUCUGUUCCUGCCCAAGAACAAGAAAUUCCCACAGACACGACACCGAAGCGAUCCGAGGUGGUCCCUGUAGCCCCAUCCCCAGCUCCAGCAGCAGUAGUUCGGGCCCAACCUCUGCAACAACAACCGCAACAACAAGCCAUCCAUGCUGUGGAAGCCGAGUCAUCCAACCAGUGCACUGGUCAAGAUGCCGCGGGAGAUUAUGAGCAACAACAGCAUCUGCGCAAUGACAUGUCCUUGUCGUCUGGGGAUGACGCGGCCGGAGAGAGGACCUUUGAAGAGUCCGAAGAAGACGCAGCCAAGAGAUUGGCUCGCAGUAGAGAGCGCAAUCGAGAACACGCUAGGCGCACUCGCUUGAGAAAGAAGGCUCAGCUGGAAGCAUUGCAAUCGAAGGUUCGCGAAUUGGAGGCGGAGAAGAAGGGUCUCAAAUUGAAGAUUGAAGAAUGUAGCAUUGCGUCUAUCCUCAUCAACCUCGCAGAGCCAUCGGCAGAAGAACAGCAGCAGCAGGAUGACGCGUCCUCCUUGCUGGAUGCGACUAUGCAGAGCAAGGAGAGCCAACGGGUCAGCGACGCCAAGAUUUCCUUGUUGACUGCUGGGAAGCGCAAGCGCUUCGCCUCUGUGGACACGUCUGAAGAGAACAAAGCACCGCAGACAUUGACCCUCAAGAUUGAUGGGCAGACAACUAUCAUUGGCCCAAGGUCCAGCAUCAACUGGAAAAGUGGAGUCUAUAGCGAUGAGAACGGAUCCCAGCGCCAGCUUACCACAGAACAGCUGGAAGGGCUUCGCCGCGAGCGCAACCGUAUGCACGCAAAGAUGACGAGGGAUCGCAAGAAGAAUUUCAUUGCCACCAUCGAGAAAACAAUUGAACAACUCGAGCGGGACUGCGAAAAGAUGAGGGAUGUUCUUGAAAAAGUUGGGGCUCAGAAGCAAGAUCACCAGCAAGUUCUGACGGCACCAGUGACCCCUCUGAUGACGCCUCGUCAAGAAGAGGCCAGAAAGCAGCCGGCUCCGACCGUCAUUGCUCCAGCGGCUCAAGUCCCGGCCAUAGCUGCGACGCAUUCGUUUCUGGCGCCUGUGCAUACCCCAGCACCCACUCCAAGUUUUUUAGUACCAGUUUCGGCUCCAGCGCCCACUCCAGUUCUCAUGGCAACAACAGCUCCGUCUCCGGGAUUGUUGGUAGCGGCUCCAGCACCAACACCGAGUUUAUUGUUGCCCUCGCUCGCGGCGGCAGUCGCCUACGCACAAAUUCCAGUUGCUGCCUGUACUGAAAACCCUCCAAAGAAAGCCAGGGUGGCUCAUGGGUUCUCUUGGAAUGGUUGA